AUUUCAGGUAUUUACACAAUAGAAAUGGCGUUCAACAAGGAAGGAAUGGACUAUGAUAAGCAUAAAGCUGCGAUUCGAGAUUUCAUUGACACAUAUUAUGGAACUGAUGAGAACGGACAAAAGGUGUUCUACUAUCGCGAAGACAUUCAACGAAUAGCCGAACGUGAACAAGUUGCUCUCUAUGUCAAUCUCGACGAUGUCAAUCGUUUUGAUGAGUCCCUGGGCGCUUUGAUAGAAGGAAAUGCAAGGCGAUUCCAUCAGAUCUUCAAUGAAGUCAUUGAUGAAAUGGUGCAAGAAGUUUUAGGAGAUCGACAGCCUCCAAUUCGUGAUGCACUCGACGCCUUUAUCUUCCAAAGAGUUUACAUGGACGAUCAGUCAAAAAUUGCUGACGGAUAUCUGGGUGGAACAAUCCAAGAAGCCCGUAAAAAGUAUCCUCCACAGCUGCUGCGACGCUUCGAGGUCAUCUUCAAAAAUCGCGAUUCCAUGAAACCUCUUCCUGUCCGUGACAUCAAGGCCAACUGUGUGGGGAAACUCGUUACUGUCACUGGAAUAGUGAUUCGAGCUACAGAAAUCAAACCCAUCGUGGAGGUUAUGACCUACGCUUGCGAUACCUGUGGAGCUGAAGUCUACCAACCGGUGAACGGACCAUCAUUCAUGCCAGCGGUGAACUGUCCAAGCAAGGACUGUGUAGAGUCGAAAGCAAAUGGGCGCUUGCAUAUGCAAGUAAGGGGCUCGAAAUUCGGCAAAUUCCAAGAGAUCAAGAUCCAAGAGACGAGUGAUCAAGUUCCUGUGGGUUCGAUUCCACGCACACUUACGGUCAAUAUCUACGGUGAAUCUACACGUCAAUGUGGACCAGGGGAUCACGUUCGUAUCUCUGGUGUUUUGAUUCCCUUGAUGAAAACAGGAUUCCGCCAAGGUGGAGGCGGUCUCGUUGCAGAACCUUACCUAGAAGCACAUUUUGUCGAGAACAUCCGAAAUAGUGUCGACGAAAGAGACACUGAAGAAGAUGACCUCACCGAGGAGGAAGUGGAACUCCUCUCGCAAGACAAUCUCUACGAUAUGCUUGCUUAUUCCAUCGCUCCAGAGAUUUAUGGCAUGGCAGACGUGAAGAAGAGUUUACUGUUAGCCCUUGUUGGAGGUGUUGAUAAGAACGCUUCUGGGAUGAAGAUCAGAGGCUGCAUCAAUGUGCUACUAAUGGGAGAUCCAGGAGUAGCUAAAUCUCAGCUGCUAUCGUAUGUAAGUCGUCUUGCUCCUCGAUCUCAGUACACUACUGGACGUGGAUCCUCUGGCGUUGGUUUGACUGCUGCCGUUGUCAAGGAUCCCCACACGGGUGAGAUGACACUCGAAGGUGGAGCUUUGGUGCUCGCUGAUCGUGGAAUCUGCUGCAUCGAUGAAUUUGACAAGAUGAUGGAGAGCGAUAGAACAUCGAUCCAUGAGGUUAUGGAACAGCAAACUAUCUCCAUUGCAAAAGCGGGCAUUAUGACCACGCUGAAUGCUCGAGUUGCUAUCGUGGCGGCUGCCAAUCCUGCUUUUGGAAGAUACAACCCUAAGAGAUCCAUUGAACAAAAUAUCGACCUUCCCGCUGCUCUCCUUUCGAGAUUUGACAUCCUUUGGCUGAUCCAAGAUAAACCAGACAGAGAUGCCGACAAGCGUCUUGCUGCUCACAUAACCUAUGUACAUAUGAACUCUAAACAACCCGAGAUCGAAGGAAUCAAGCCGAUCGACAUGAAACUAAUCCGACGCCUUAUCGAAGUAGCGCAGCGAAAGCAACCAGUGGUAGGAGAUACACUGCGUGAGAGACUCGUUGAGAUGUAUGUGGAUAUGCGCCGAGCAGCUCGGGAAAGCGAUGAUUCAACUUUCACAUCGCCUCGCCUUCUGCUUUCUGUGAUCAGAAUGUCUACUGCCUUGGCUCGUUUACGCCUUUCCAACGUUGUUCUGCCUGGAGACAUUGAGGAAGCUAUUCGUCUGAUGCAAGCAAGCAAAGACUCUCUACGUCCUGGAGUCAUGGAACAAGAAAUUCGCCAAUCGCCAGUUGAUCGCGCAUUUGCGGUUCUUCGAGAUCUCAACUCCGCAAGUGGUGACUCUGUGAUCCCACUCCAGGCAGCUAUCGAAGCGUGUGCUCGCAAAGGAAUAAGCGAAGAAGCACUUCGAGAUGCCGUUAGUGUUCAUCAGUCAAAUGGUGUGAUUAUGGUCGACGGACAGCAGAGAAUUCGUUUCGUUAUGAACUAAUGGUUCCCACAUCACAUUCGCUGCAUUUGAUUUGUCAUUUUCUCAUUCUCUAAUUCCGAUGAUACAGAUGAUCUCGAUUCAACAACUACAUACCCACUGAAUUUGAAGUUUUCGCUAAGUUCACUAGCACUCUUAACAAUCAUGUGCCUGUUCAGUCCACACUGAGAGCAAUCCCUGUUACAACUGGAGACAAGAUAAAUUUUGUGAAUACGC